AUUCCUGGCGUCCCACGACCUUCCACUGCUCGACUACCGGGUAGUUGGCGUACCAGUGUUAGGCAUCCAACUCACCCACGAACAGUACGCAAGAUACCAGGAUAUGCCUAUCCUUUGUCACCCCGGGAAAGGCGAAAUUCUCCCUCCGACGGUGGGGAGAAUCAUGCGAAUCAACGUCAGUCGAUCCUUCAGCCUUGACUCUAGCGCAGAAGUUCCGAGCCAUAUCCCCUCGACGCAUCAUUGCUUCAAGGAAAGCUGGGAUCUACUGGCGACAUACUGUGAAGACUUGACAAAAUGUCAAGUCGUCAUCUCCAAGAUGUGCUGUGAUGCUCUCACGGAUAGCCAGUCCUUCUGUAUUCGGCAGAUAGAACGGGCGAGCAACGCCUACUACGUCGGUGGUGGAUCGUUUCAUUCCUGGAAAUUCCGUCCACUGCUUCCUGGGCUGAUUGCUGCUCGUCUGGGAAUGACGGGGGACAAUAAGAGCGAAGAGCUAUGGACGUCAUUGACGCAGGAGCAGAGCAAAAAACAUGCGGAUCUGGUCCCUACAAUGCGCUGGGAAUGAAGGGGUUGGAUUUCCUUCCGAUGCGGUGUUCUGUAACAGAACGCGGACUAGAUCGAAUUCGUCUCUGUCUCCCAGUUGUUAUGCCUAACCUAGACUAACAUCACGAUGCUCCUCUGGCAGAGACAUCCUCAUUUCCUCAAACCAUCCGUGUUGAACAUCCCAAGUAAUGUGGCUGUCUUGCCAUUGCAGGAGCCAACGGAGCAAACUCGAUGCUUUAU